CCAUUUCAUCGUCAAGUUGACAUUUUCCUUUUUAUUUCCGAUUUUCUCCCUCUUCUCCACCCUCCCCUCUCUCUCUCUCUAAAACCGCCUCCGGCGAUCCCCUUAAAACCUUCUCAGAACGCAGUUUCUCUCUCUAGAUAUAUAUACGCAUACACAUUAGAUACAUAAUCGUACAGUCGUUGUUCGUGUAUGUGAAAAUAUGGGAAAUUCGAAUGGCAAGGAGGAAGGCAACGAAAAUGGUGGUGAUGGCGGCGAUGAGUUAUCGGGAGGUUCGAAUCACGCGCCUACAGCGCGGGUGGCUUCUGCCGAUUUAAUGGCGAGCUCUCCGCCGCACGACCACCGGCAGUCUACUUCUCCUCUAUUGUUCUCAUCUCAGGUCCCAGUAGUUCCCUUACAAAGAAAUGAUGCCCCCUCACUAAAUCCAUUGCGGCAGAAUGAAAAUCAAAGGCCCGCUGACCAAUCCCUUGGACAAGGUAUACCUACUAUAAUAACUUGGAGCUUUGGUGGUAACAGUGUAGCUGUGGAAGGAUCUUGGGACAACUGGAGGACAAGGAAAAUACUUCAAAGAUCUGGCAAGGAUCAUUCUGUUCUUUUGGUCCUCCCAUCGGGUGUGUUCCGUUACAAAUUUAUUGUGGAUGGCGAAGUGAAAUAUAUACCGGAUUUUCCAAGUGAAACAGAUGAGACGGGCCGUGUCUGUAAUCUUCUAGAUGUCCAUGAUUAUGUUCCGGAAAACCUAGAUAGUGUGGCAGAGUUUGAGGCGCCCUCAUCACCCGAGUCCAGCUACAGUCAACUUUUCCCAGGAGACGAAGAUUUUGCAAAGGAUCCUAUGCUGGUUCCUGCUCAACUCCAAUCGAACAUUCUUGGCUCGGAAAACAAUAAAGAACCCGCUUAUUCAAAACCGCAGCAUGUGGUGCUUAACCAUCUCUUUAUGGAGAAAGGACAGUCUUCUCAGUCUGUGGUUGCUCUCGGUCUGACUCAUCGGUUCCAGUCCAAGUAUGUGACUGUUGUCCUGUAUAAGCCGCUGAAGAGGUGAUUUGGUUCUAAAUCCUUCUUCUCUCUCCCCUUUGCUAGAUCUUUUGAUGAUGAUGAUGUAACUUUGAAAAAUUUGUGAUCCAAUCUUGUUGUUACAGUUGAUUAUGCAACGACUUCUCGGAAAAUAUGUAACUUCAACUGAUGUUUGUUGUCCUGUACAUUAAACUGUGCUAAUCGGUGUCGCUGAGUUUUUAGUGUAAAUUUGUUUAGCGGAAGCGAAAGGAAAUUUCUUUGUGAUGUUUUAUUUAUGUUGUUCUUCGAGCAAGAUCACUCUUUCGACUUGUGAAACUUUUAAUACAAUAAGCAUGUGGAGGGAUCGGGUGUGCUUUCUACCUUGCCCUGUUAAAUGCUCUAUAUUUAGUUUCCGAAAA